AUGAGCCCACGGUGUCCACUGUGUUGGAAAUCAUGGCUGGACGGAUAGGAGCCUUCUUGAAGAAUGCCUGGGAUAAGGAGCCAGUAGUUACCGCAGCAUGUGGGAUUGGAUUGAUGGCUGUUAUCUUACCUGCAGUGAGCCCAUAUACAAAGUACUCAGGAAUGAUGAAUGCAGCUGUACCGUACAACUACCCAGUUCCUGUCAGGGACAAUGGGAACAUGCCUGAUGUCCCAAGCCAUCCAUGUAACCCCGAGGGACCCAGCCUGGAGUGGAUGAAGAAACUGUAGACCCAACGCAGUCCCUGCAUAACCCACAGCCCUUUUGCUUUGGUUUGAUCAGUUGCUGGAUAAGCUAUUCAAUAAACCUCUUUAUUUCA